AUGGGAGGAGGCCCCAGGACCCCGACCCUCACGGCCCUCCUCUGCCUGGGGCUGUGUGGGGGCCCCUGGGACCAGGUCCGGGCAGAGGCCUUCCCCAGACCCUCCCUCCGGGCCGACCCAGGCACCAUGGUCAGCAAGGGCAGCCCUGUGACCCUCUGGUGUCAGGCGUCUCUGCGGGCUGAUGCCUACGGUCUGUAUAAAGAGAGGGGCUCUGAGCCCCGGCUUACGAGGAUCCCACAGGCCUCCAGCAACAAGACCGGGUUCCGCAUUCCAUCCACGACAUCACACGAUGCAGGGCUAUACGAGUGUGCCUACAGCUUUGGGCGCAACCUGUCUGAGCGCAGUGAGCCCCUCGUCCUGGUGGUGACGGGAGUGGACAGCGCCCCCUCCCUCGCAGCCCAGCCAAGCCCGGUGGUGGCCUCAGGGGGGAACGUGUCCCUCGUGUGUACCUCACAGUCCACAUCCGGCCCUUUCCACCUGCUGAACGAGGGAGGGGCUCAGCCGCCGUUACGCAUGGAACCGGAACAGAGGUCCAACGAUGGGAGGUGGCAGGCGGUCUUCCCUGUGGGCCCCGUGAGUGCCUCCCAUGGCGGGACCUACAGAUGCUAUGCUUCUCACAGCUCCUACCCUAAUAUGUGGUCACACCCCAGUGACCCUCUGCACAUCGAAGUCACAGGCGUGUACAGGGAGCCUUCCCUCCAGGCCCAGCCAGGCUCCCUGCUGCUGCCUGGGGACAGCCUGACCCUCCGGUGUCACUCGGAGCCCGGCUUUGACAGAUUCGCUCUGACCAAGGACGAGGGGCCCACACCCCCUCAGCGUCUCGAUGGGCAGCGCAGCCCCGACUUCCCCCUGGGCCCUUUGACCCGCCCCCACGGGGGCCGGUACAGGUGCUACAGCGGACACAGCCUCUCCUAUGCAUGGUCGGCCCCCAGCACCCCCCUGGACCUCCUGAUCGCAGGUGCGGAGAGCAAACCCUCCCUGUCGGCCUGGCCGCCGCCCCCGGGGCCCUGGGGAGCCAACGUGACCCUGCUGUGUCGAUCUGAGACCAGAGCUGACACCUUCCACCUGCACAGGGAGGGCUCCCUGGACCCUCCCCUGGAGCUUCGUCUGCAGGACACGGCUGGCCCCUCGGAGGCCACCUUCACCAUCAGUCCUGUGACCUCGGGCCACGGUGGGACCUACAGGUGCUACAGCUCCCACAGCGCCUCCCCCUUCCUGCUCUCACAGCCCAGUGACCCCCUGGAGCUCCUGGUCCCAGACUCAACCGCCCACGACUACACAGUGGGGAACGCCGUCCGGUUGGGUGUGUCUGGCCUGAUCCUCCUGGUCCUCGGGGGGCUGCUGUUUGAGGUUUGGCACAGCCAGAGAAGACCCCACGACGCACCCAGGAGGUGAGCACAGGAGACAACGAACCCACCCUCCAGGAAGGCAGACGCUGGGAAAGAGUCUGAUGAUGCCCAGAAGCCCUGGAAGAAAACGUGGGCAAGCGUGGGAAAGUGUGUG